AUGGUAGAAGUAAACCCUGAACCCUCGAGGAUUGAGAACUCGUCAGGGCGUAUGCAAAGGGGUGCCCAUCGUGAAGAGGACCUCAUUCCCGCAGACUGGCAUCUAUACUGGAAAAGUGGCCGAUUCAAGCCAUCCGAAUACGCCACAGUUGAAUCCACCUGGGCUAUAUGGGCGUUGUUGACGAUGCUAGUCUGUGCACUCGCAAGCGCAGCAGUGAACGUCUUAGCUUUGGGUUAUCGUAUUAAGGUCAUUCAUACCUUUUUGAAAGACUCUAGUGUACAAGAUAAGUUAACUGUGAUGAAUCUGUGGUUGCUGUUUUCGCUCAUUGGUAACAUCAUCCAGUUGGUCGCUGUUGGUUAUGCAUUCCUAGUGGAUCGGCCCGACAUCUAUAUGAGACUCAAUUUGUUCGGCGUGAGUGCGGCCAUUGCUUUGGUCAGCCUAGUGCGAUAUUUGGCACAUUUUCGUUCUCUGUAUAUCUUAUAUUCAACACUUGCACAUGGCAUACCACAAAUCUUCAAGUUCUUGGUCGGGGUCUUCCCGGUUUACUUGUCGUUUGUUGUAUGCGCAGUAUGUCUGUUUGGCUUCCACAGCCAUUGGUUCGUCAGCUUGGGUGACUCAAGUACUGCUCUAUUCUCUCUCUUGAAUGGAGAUCAGAUCCACGAUACGUUUACGAACCUCAAGGAUGUCUCAGUGCUGGGGAGUAGGGUAUUUUUAUACUCUUUUCUGGCCCUGUUUAUUUACGUGGUGCUUAAUAUUUUCAUCACUAUUGCUGAGGAUGCCUUUUUCACUGUGAAAUUCAUGCAGGGUGGUGCUGGCACCAUCACAAACAUACCUUGUUAUAGACACCAAGCUCCAGCUGUUCACUUCCUCCACAACAACACCGAGGAGAUUACUCGCAUGCCUAAGUCGCUCACAUCGUAUCGUCAUCGUGCGAGCGACCCUUUGUUGAGGAAGCUCGCUGCUUUGGACGAGAGUGGCGUUAUGGUCUCGCACGAUGAGGCUAGCACGGUCGCUGGUGGCGACUCUCCCCCGAAUCAGCACGAAUUGCAAGCACAAGUUGCUCUAUUAAUGAGACAAUGUGUUGAGAUGCAGGAUCAAGUUCGGAAGCUGAGCGAGGCCUUGCUGAGUAAAGGCAGCAGCCGUGUGUGA